CCACCUCAAAGUGGAUAAGCACAAACAUUUGACAACUAUUCUUCUUCGGUGGUCACUUUGAUCCUUAUCCUGUUUGCAAUGGAAGUGAUUUUCCAGUCCUCAACCUCCUCCAGGUUGAAUCCCAACGCUCCAAUGUUCGUGCCGCUUGCCUAUCGGACGGUGGAAGAUUUCUCCGAUGAAUGGUGGGAUCUGGUUCAUUCCUCUUCGUGGUUCCGUGACUACUGGCUCCGCGAGUGCUACCAAGAUCCCCAAUUCCAAAACGAAGUUUUUGACUUCGAGUUCGACCUAGAUCUGGAAGAAUAUGAGAAUGAAGGGAAAGAGGGAAAAGAGGUGGUGUCUUUGGAGGUGCUGAAAUGGCGAAGCUGUGGAGGAGGUUGGGCCGAAGUACCUAGAUAUGCUGAAAAGGCUCCCAAGUUUAUUAAGCCCAGAGUGAGUCCACGGGCUAUUCACCAGCCCAGGUAGAUCAGCCCGGUCCAGUACCAGCUCCAGCACUAGGCUUAUGUACAUACAUAAAAAUUUCUGUCUUUAUUGCAGUUUUAGGAUUUCUUUACUUUCUGCACAGGUUGUUUGUAAUGUUUUCAUGAGAUGAAUUUGGUUUUCUUGACAAUUAUGAACUUGUAUCAACUAAGAUAUUUUACUCUUUAUAAUCUAAUUAACUUAUAGAGA